UCUUCGACUGAAUAUGAUACGUUGUCUAUCCGUUAUCUUGAUACCGAUGGUGUGACUCGUGAGCACUGACGUGCAUGCAUAAAAGUCAAUAGCAAAGUCUGCAUGAACCGCCUGUGAGGAGAUAAAAUUGAAGAAUCACAUCUUGACCUGGUCCUUUGAUUGAUAUGAGUAUUCUUACCAACCUAUAAAUACAUUAUGAAAGGUGCAGCCUCUCAUCUCCAAAGCAUUCAACUUAUAAGAGCUGCCAAAAGAAAUUACGAUCAAUUCAACAACCCAAAAAUGGAAGAACAAGUAGGCAACAAACAGGUUCUGGCUUCAGGUCUCAUAACGGGUAAUCCAAAGCAAACAGACAUGUAUGUGCACACUUCUACCAUAACCUUGCAACUUCCUCCAGAGGCUUCAAAUGCUGUGCUGGUUAAGAACCUCUAUUUAUCCUGUGAUCCUUACAUGAGAGGAAGCAAAACAACAGCUAAAACUAGACUCUUCUAUUCCUUUUCUCCUAAUUCACCAAUAAUUGGGUAUGGAGUAUGUAAAGUACUGGAUUCCAAACACCCAGACUUCAAAAAAGGAGACUUGGUGUGGGGAGUUACAAAAUGGGAAGAGUACAGUAUCAUCACAACCAUGACUGAAAGCCUCUUCAAAAUUGAGCAUACAGAUGUUCCUCUUUCCUAUUAUACUGGACUUCUUGGUAUGCCUGGUAUGACUGCUUAUGCAGGUUUCUAUGAAGUUGGGGUCCCUAAGAAAGAAGACUACGUGUUUAUAUCUUCAGCAUUUGGUGCCGUUGGUCAACUUGUUGGUCAACUAGCAAAAUUGAUGGGUUGCUAUGUUGUUGGAAGUGCAGGAAGUAAAGAUAAGGUUGAAAUUUUGAAGAAUAAGUUCGGGUUUGAUGGGGCUUUCAAUUACAAGGAGGAACAAGACCUGAAUGCAACUUUGAAGAGGUACUUCCCUGAAGGCAUUGACAUUUACUUUGACAAUGUUGGGGGAGACAUGCUUGAGGCAGCCCUUCUUAACAUGAGAAGGCGUGGUCGAAUUGUGGUGGCUGGAAUGAUAUCACAAUAUGAUCUUGAUGAGCCUCAAGGCAUAAAGAACUUGGUCAAUAUCAUAUACAAGCAGAUCAAAGUAGAAGCCUACACGGUUUAUGAUUAUUAUCACCUAUAUCCCAAAUUCUUAGAUACUAUUUUGCCAUAUAUUAGGGAUGGAAAGAUAACAUAUGUUGAAGACAUAGCUGAAGGUCUUGAGAGUGGUCCAGCUGCAUUAGAAGCCAUGUUCAAAGGCCAUAGUGCUGGCAAACAAGUGGUUCAACUUGCUCAUGAAUAAUUUGUACAACCUCACUGUUUAGCCUUCUUUUUAGUUCUGAUUUGUGUGUGACUCUCAUUUUAAUAGGCUGUUUGAGCAAUAUACAGAUUUGUAUCUUGUGUAACGCAUCUACUAAUGAACAUAUAUAUUUCAUUUUUUAUUUUAUAAAUAAAUCCGUACCAAGUUAUCAAUCUCUACCUGAAAUUAA